AUGGCAUCCACUCAGUCUCCCAAGCAAGACCGGCCUCCCGACAAAGACGAAAAGGCGGUGGUGGAGAACAAGCACGACAAGAUGAACGAUGCGGAGGAAAAAGGAACCGCCCCAGACGGGUCGACGACACGAGAUGAUGAAGACGAGUCCAGGUACCUCACGGGGGCGCAGCUGUGGCUCGUCCUCGCCUCCCUGUGCCUCUCCGUCUUCCUCGUCGCGCUGGACCAGACCAUCAUCGCCCCGGCCCUGGGGGCUAUCACGUCCGAGUUUGCCUCCAUUAGGGACAUUGGCUGGUACGGGUCUUCGUACCUCAUGACCCAGACGGUGCUGCAGCCGCUAUACGGCAGCAUCUACCACCUCUUCGAUAUCAAGAUGACGUUUCUAGGCGCCGUGGCCCUCUUCGAACUGGGGAGCCUGAUCACGGCGGUGGCGCCGACGUCGGCGGCCUUCAUCGUCGGGCGCGCCGUCGCGGGCUUGGGCACCGCCGGCAUCUUCUCCGGCUCACUGGUCAUCCUGGCCUUCACGAUGCCGCUCAGGCACCGGCCGGCGAUGUUUGGCGUCUUCGGGGGCCUGUGGGGGAUAUCCUCCGUCGUCGGCCCCUUGCUGGGGGGCGCGUUCACCGACAAGGUGACGUGGCGCUGGUGCUUCUACAUCAACCUGCCAAUUGGUGGGGUGGCCAUGGUGGUGAUAUUCUUCUUUCUGCGCAUCACGCGGCCUGCCGCGGACGGGGAUGAGGACGCGCCCAGGGACGGGUCGUUUGUCGGCAGGAUCCUCCGGCUCGACCUCGCCGGCACGGCCGCCUUUUUCCCGGCCAUCGUCAUGCUGCUCCUCGCCCUCCAGUGGGGGGGUGCCGACUACGCGUGGGACGACUCGAGGAUCAUCGGCCUCUUCGUCGGGGCUGGGGCGACGGCGGCCGUUUUCGUUGGCAUCGAGAUCCGGCAGCAGGACAAGGGCAUCUUGCCUCCGCGGUUUUUCAAGAACCGCGACGUGCUCUCGGCCAUGCUGUUCGCGCUGUUUGUCGGGGCAUUCUUCUUCCCUCUUGUCUACUACCUGGCGUUAUACUUCCAGGUCGUCCAGGGCGAUUCGGCGGUACAGGCGGGUCUCAAGCUCCUCCCGUACCUCAUAUCGGUGGUGAUCGCGUCGAUCGCCAGCGGGGCGCUGAUCACGGCGUUCGGGUCCUACAACCCAGUGAUCCUGGUGUCGACGGCAGUGCUCACGGCGGGCAUGGCCCUGAUCGCGACGUUCUGGGUCGACACGCCGCUCAGCAAGUGGUUUGGCUACCAGGUGGUGGCGGGCCUGGGGACGGGGGUGUGCUUCCAGGCGGGCAUCAUCGUGGUGCAGAACGUGCUGCCGCAGCAACUGAUCCCGCAGGCGACGGCGUGCGUGCAGUUCUUCCAGUCGCUCGGCGGUGCAGUCUUCGUCGCGGUGGCGCAGACGGCGUUCCAGAACGGCAUCAUCGACAACGUCGCCCGCGGGGCGCCAGGGGUUGACGCCCGCGUCCUCAUCGACAGCGGCGCCUCGCAGAUCCGCCAGGUGCUCGCAGACAUGGGCCGCGAGGACGCGGUAGGGGCCGUCCUGCGUGCUUACGCACUCGGCCUGCGCAACACGUUCUGCAUCAGCGCGGCGGCGGCGGCGUGCACCUUUCUCGUGUCUUGGGGGUUCAGGUGGAAGAGGAUAGGAGGGGCCGGUGAGAAGGGAUAG